AUGUUCUGGUGUAUCAUUUUGAUGACUGCGUUCUAUCUGGCAGCCGCAUUGAUCGCUUCCUUCACAUACUACAAGAACAACAAGAAUAGCAAGAAAAAAGGCACUGCGCUGGUGGCCAUCGUGGGCGUCUACGUGCUGGUCGGAGUGAUCCAGGCAGUGUUGUCUGGAUCGCUGAUUGGCCUGCUACUUGCCGAAAUAUACAAAAGCGGUCAGUUUGGACUCAACCCGUGGCUUACGUUCAUCUACGGAAUCAUUGUUGUGCUGUUUAAUAUUGCAACUUCCUAUUCCCUAACCAGUGUUUUAUUAUAA